AUGAUAGUACUGAGACUGAGUAGGAAUUGUAAAGACGGCAACAUUCUAAAGAGGUACAAACUGCUCGGUUCGGGUUUGGUCACGUUCGAUUCAUGUUCAUCGGAUAUAUUCUUGCUGACGACUUUUGUGCCACCUGAACAAGAAAAUGCUGUGAUUGGGUGCUCCGGCACCCUGGAGAAAGUAUUAAAUCACUCUGAGGAAUUAUCGAAUACACAGAAAAUUAACAAAAUAUCUGACCAGCAAGAAGGAACAACGCAGGAUGGAGGUAACCUCGGUCCAGCUGGGUUGAAUCGAGUAGGUCCAGCUGGGGAAGGGUCCUCCUCCCCUGGCGUUGUUUCCCCAAAAUUAUCAAUACUCGAGAAUCCCAGAUCGGAGAGGGAGAAAUAUACAAAAACAGAUCGAAAUGAUGCCCCAAUACACGCAAUAGCAGGUGGCUUUGAAUACCCUCCUACAAUAAGAAAUCUGCAACAGAUCCCUGCAUUUAUGCGAAGGAAUCUGUUCAGAGGCAUUCCUGAGAAACAUAAGUUAGAGGCUUUCAGACUAUUCUAUGCAAAAACUGGAUUGAGAACAGAUGACUAUAAUAAAUGGGCCGACUUCAAGGUCCAUAAACCACCCCAACAUAGCAAGGUCAAACUCGACAACUCACAAGUCAAACGAAUAGUCCUUGAAACCUAUAAUGCGAUAGAAAUAGCUGCCAAACCUGAGGAUAUCCCCAGCUCACUCUGGAAGAUCGCAGGUAAAAACCACCCACAAAUGACGUACGAAGAUCGGGCAAAAUUCAUCAAUGAAAAGCUAGUGGACAAUAAUAUCACCAAGGAGGCGUUAGAGCUACUAGAGGAUAACAGCUUCAUGUACUCGAGCACCACUGUUCAAGACUGGCUAUCCUCAGCCGCCUCGUCAACAACAAGGAUGAGCCUCUCGUCCACCAGGACACCUGAAAUAGAUGAGGAGGAGGAAGACCCAGAAUUCACCAGAAAUGAUCGGUAUGAAGAAGAAAAUAAACCAUUGGGCACUGAAAUAACAGUAACCACAUCCGAGGAGACCCAAUCUGACAGAGAUGCCAGAAUGAGGCUCAAAACCUCAGGAAAAACCACACCCACUUCUCCCACAGAGGCAGACAUCAUACAGGCCACAUCGAGAACAUUAAGGUAUAGAUCAAUUAUGAAAAAAGGGUCAACCAAAGAGAACGAAGAACGUCCUAGAUCUCCGAGACAAAUUGGUGAUUUCAUAGAGGAAAAAAUCAUCGUAACUCCGUCCAACAAUUCCAUCCCAGCCACCCCUAUCGUGACGGUCGAGGAGAUGCCUGCAAUGCCACCACAGUGGAACUCUCGAUACACGGAAGGGCUGGCGAAUAUCGACAGAGAUACAGGGCUAGGCAUCCCCACAACAAUGAUAUCACAGCCAACAUCACAUCUGACAAACAUUCGAAUUCUACAAAACGAAGGAAUCUUAACUACUCCGAUGGAGGUUAACUAUGGCCCUCCUGGACAGAGAUUACUUGAGAAAAGGGGAAGAACAGACGAAAGCGAUACCUCACAAAGCGAUAAUGCUGAGAAGAGAGCGAAAAAUCAGGUUGAUGGGUUCACUGUCCCCAAGAAGACCUCAAAAUGGGCUAAAAUAAUCCGACAAAGGAAAGAUAUCAUACCCACACAAAUAAAGAAUAAAUUCUCUCCUCUCGCUGCAGAUGAACCUCAACCCGGAACAUCAGGUAUCACGAAAAACCUGAUACCUGCCCCACCGAUCAGCAGCACCUGUGCCUCAUCGGAUGAGGAGGAAGAAGAGGACACACGAUCUAAAACAGAUACUAGUCAUAGGAAUAAAAAUGAGAAAACCCAAAAAAAUAACAAAACUAAUAACAAAACAAAACAAAAUACUAACACAACAAAAAAAGCCCAGAAACCUCCACCAAUCGUCAUCCAGGGGAUUAUAACAGAUCGUAACAGGUUUCUGGAUGAAAUAAAAAAACUAUCGACCAAGCCAGUUUUCUUUAAAUAUGGUCAAAACACUACCCUUUUGUAUGCUGAAAACGACCAGGACUAUACUAAUCUGAGGGACCAUUUCAAGAAGGAGGAAGUCCCAUUCCACACAUACACACAAAAAAAAGACAAGUCACAUGCGUUUGUGGUACGAGGAUUGGACUUUGAGCCUGAGCCCGCCGAUAUCUCUACUGAUAUGCUGGAGCAGCAUGAGGUAGUCGUCAAGGAGGUGUUCAGGCUCAGAACCAGGUUCAGGCCCCUUUAUCUGGUUGUGCUGGAUACAAAAUACACAUUACAAUUACUUAACAACAAAAUAAAAUAUCUACUCUCAACUAAAAUCUCUUGGGAAUUGCGCAAGAACAAUAGAGAAAUUACACAAUGCCGACGAUGUCAGAAAACGAUAUUCCUGACUAAUCCUGACGAUGAUUCCAAGUCUGAAGUGAUGGACGAAGAUUCCACAUCGGAAUCACCGAACGUUGAAUACCCAGUAACCUGUGAUACAUUACAAGAAGGCUGUUUUGCUAUAGUAACAUUUUUAUAA